AUGUUGCACGUAAUCAAACCGAUUAUAUUUUAUAAAAUGGAUGUAUGCAGUUUUAGGUUCACGAGUGUUUUGACUAGUUUAAUCGUUUUACUAAAUCUGCACGAUAUCCAAAGUUUGAAAGCAUCUGGUGUAUGUGAGCAGCAUGACGGAUUGUUUGGAUGCUGCAACAACUAUCGAAAAGUGGGUCAGAAUUGUUUUCCGUGUAUUGGAUCUUUUGGUAUCAACUGUUCGGGAAGAUGCGUUGACGGGUUCUAUGGUUUUGGAUGUCUGAGUCGCUGUAACUGCAGUCAAGACUUUAUCUGUGACCAUGUUGUCGGAUGUAAAAAAGACAAGGCAAAGCAUGAUACGGAAAAAUCUACAAGAAUAUAUAUCUUAAGCCUGUCGUCUGGAUUUAUAGUCUGCUUACUGGUUUUACUGGUCACAGUUGCUAUGAAAAGAAAAAUGACCCCAUUUCGACAAUCCCAGCCAAAACUUGUUACAACGGAGAAUACACCCGUAGAAUAUUCAUCUCAUGAGCGCCAGGGAUACUCGGAAUAUGAUCCAAGGCAAAUGUUAGAAAUUGUAAACCAAGAACAACAAUUAAAAGAGUUACCGAGCAGUGAAUCGGAAAAUGGGCAGUACGAAGAACUUUUUUUCUAA